CCCAGGGGGAGGUGGCCUGUCGCGGGUCGCCCGGCUCCCGGAGGCGAGGGGGGCACGGGCGGAUGGCGGAAGGCGCUCAGACGCAGCAGCUGCCUCAGCUCGGACCCGGCGCCGCUGCCCGGGGCAUGAAGCGGGAGUCGGAGCUGGAGCUGCCGGUUCCCGGAGCGGGAGGAGACGGAGCCGAGCCCGGCCUGAGCAAGCGGCCGCGCACCGAGGAGGCAGCGGCCGACGGCGGCGGGAUGCAGAACGAGUCUUUGACCCCAGGUUAUCAUGGAUUCCCACCGCGGGAUAGCCAGGGUAACCAGGAGCCAACAACAACUCCUGACGCAAUGGUUCAGCCUUUUACUACCAUCCCUUUUCCACCACCUCCGCAGAAUGGAAUUCCCACAGAAUAUGGAGUGCCACACACUCAGGACUAUGCCGGCCAGACCAGUGAGCAUAACCUAACGCUCUAUGGGAACACACAAGCCCACGGAGAACAGAGCAGCAACUCACCCAGCACACAAAACGGAUCUCUCACGCAGACAGACGGUGGAGCCCAGACAGAUGGCCAGCAGUCACAGACACAAAGUAAUGAAAAUUCAGAGAGUAAAUCUACCCCUAAGCGACUACAUGUCUCUAAUAUUCCUUUUCGCUUCCGGGACCCUGACCUCCGGCAAAUGUUUGGGCAAUUUGGCAAAAUCCUAGAUGUAGAAAUAAUUUUUAAUGAGCGUGGUUCUAAGGGAUUCGGGUUCGUAACUUUCGAGAAUAGUGCUGAUGCAGACAGGGCCAGGGAGAAAUUACACGGCACCGUGGUAGAGGGCCGUAAAAUCGAGGUUAAUAAUGCUACAGCACGUGUAAUGACCAAUAAGAAGAUGGUCACACCAUAUGCAAAUGGUUGGAAAUUAAGUCCAGUAGUUGGAGCUGUAUAUGGCCCUGAGUUAUAUGCAGCAUCCAGCUUUCAAGCAGAUGUGUCUCUUGGCAAUGAAGCGGCUGUGCCCCUAUCAGGAAGAGGGGGUAUCAACACCUACAUUCCUUUAAUCAUUCCUGGCUUCCCUUACCCAACUGCAGCCACCACGGCAGCCGCUUUCAGAGGAGCCCAUCUGAGGGGCAGAGGGCGGACAGUAUAUGGUGCAGUCCGAGCGGUACCUCCAACAGCCAUCCCCGCCUAUCCAGGUGUGGUUUACCAGGACGGAUUUUACGGUGCUGACCUCUAUUCAGCUGAAGAAAUGUUAACAUCUCACUCUAAAUCUCUCAGUGGAGUCUCUGUUCCCUUCUCUGAUAUAACAGAUGGGGUGGAUAUGCAGCCUACAGAUAUGCACAGCCUGCUACUGCAACCGCAGCCACAGCUGCUGCAGCCGCCGCAGCCGCUUACAGCGACGGUUAUGGCAGGGUGUACACAGCCGACCCCUACCAUGCCCUUGCCCCUGCCGCUAGCUAUGGAGUUGGCGCUGUGGCGAGUUUAUACCGAGGUGGCUACAGCCGAUUUGCCCCCUACUGAAGUGACGUGAAACCCCUGCAAAUGGGACAGCCCCCAGUUCAUGAGGCCUGGCUAUUGCAAUAUUUACUAGUAGAGGAACUCUAUAGCAAGAUGAAGAGGAAAUACAAACAAACAAAAAAAAACACAAAAAAAGAGAGAAUACUUUUUUAUACCUCACUAUGUUCUUUGAAUAUGUAUUUUUCCUUUAAAUUUCUGCCUUUAAUUCUUUUGUUCCAAAGAUUGUGCAUUUUUUUUCUUUUUUUUUCUUUUUUUUUAACUGUGGUAAACGAAAAACAAACAAACAAACAAAAAAAAGAUAAUGCAUUUCCAUGUCUAUAUGUCCGUGCCUAGCUUAUUCUGUCAGUCACGGAAAAGGCAGUUGAUGAGGAAGGAGAGACACUAGGAGCAGAGAUACGCAUCUGAUCAGAAAUCGGCAGACAGAAUUACCAAAGUGUAUCUGGUGCUGCGUGGCUGGGGACAACAGAAGUGGAAGAGAUCUUUCUGCAGCGGCAUAUUCUUCUAGUCUUCUGAAUUCUGGUCUUUGGCAGGAGAUUCUGAUUGGCUGUGGCUGGAAUCCACAUGCCACUAGAGAGGAAUUUGUGCUUGCAAAGCAGGAGAAUUAAAAACACUUUUCCUCUCCUCCUUCCCUCCUGUCUUCUCCAUUCUUUUUACAAUCAUCUUACACACCCAGCCUGAGACAGUUGGCAUAGCUUUUGGAAUUACAGUGUUGAUAUUUCCAAACACGCUCUCAGACUGUGGAUAAUAAACACCUCAUUAGGAAACCAAUCUCAGAAUGAACUCUGGAGUAUGAAAACACUUGUUUCUUUUCUUUCCUCCAAUCCUAGCACAUCUGCUGGCUACUUCUGUAACCACCGUGUAGCUCAUCUGUUCUUCAGUAACAUGCUGCUCCCAUGUCCUCAACAUUCAGGAGUUUAGUAUCCAGGGACAGAGAAUAAAUAGCCAGAUUUCCUCCAGGUAUCUUGGCACAGCUUGAAGAAAGGAAUAUUAAGUCUGAUAUUCCUUAUCUUGCUUGCAACAGAAAAUCAGUACAAUUUAUUUGAAAACAUAAUAAAGCAUCUGUUGGGGAAAGGUCAAGCCCCUAGGCCAGGUGCCCCUGGGCAUGUCGGUGAUAAAGACACUUGAGGACAGGCAGAAGCACUGUGCGUUCACCCCAAAGCCAUAGGAAUUUUCAUCUUCCAGAGCCUCUGCGAGUCACUUCUCUAUCCACAGUCUCCAGCUCUCUUGGCCAUUCCACCCAGCUUCGCAUUAUCCUCCAAAGACACCAGCUGAGCACCUGAACCACUUGGUGCACAUUAACACUACAGGAAACAAAAGCUAGAGCCCACCAAGGAAAGAAGCUAUGAAACGGCAAGGGUCCCCUGCAGAGUCCACACAGUGAGUCACUGCAGUUGCUGUCUAGCUUUAGUUUUAUGUUAGCAAGGUAGGGGAGAAAGCUCCGGGCUAUAACUAGUAAUGACAAAAGUCUGACAGUGUUUCCAAAACAAAAAGCAUUAGGAAGUGGGCAGGUAUGGUCCGCUGGCUCCUUGCUCUGCUCACACUGGUACUAGGGUGAACUUUCACCCCAAGGGAUAGCUGCUAAAGGGAGUAGUUCAGAGACGUGGAGCUUCUGCUUUAUUAUGGAUUUUGUUUGAUUUUUUUUUUUUUUAACUCCUGCCUCCACAUGUUCUUUUCUGAUAAGCUGAUUUCAUGUCCCUGAAUUAAAAUGACUGAUGUGACAGUAUCAAGCAUUCUUUGUAAACUGAUGUCUGGGAGGGCACUGGCCUGCCACAUGGAGACAUCUCCCUCUUCCCAUCCCUCUUCCCUAAUAACCUGGGGAGAUAGCAAAGAAACUCCAGGCCUGGUGCACUCAUGGAUUCGGGGAAGGAGGAAGCCAAUAGAGUAAAGGACAAGACAGUUCAAGCAAAUGGCAGCCAUUCACAGGGCUGCCUCCUCCCCCAAGCCAAAGUUAGGUUUGUUGCUGUUAAGACAAUAUUGUGUGUAUAUAAAUAUUUUAGGUGAGGACAAGGGCUGGGGGCUUACAGAGUUCUGGGGAAUGAGGGCAGGGAGGCUCUUUCUUUUACUUUGGUUUUGAGGGAGAAUGUCUGCUGACUGAAGAAACAGACAUUUGGGUCAUUCUCCCAAAGUGGCAAGCCACUUAGCCAGGUGGAGACCCCAUCAAGUCCUCACUGAUGAUAUUUGUGGCAGAGGAGUGAGAAUGUUUCUCUUUUCUUGGAUAGGAAUGAGGAUAGCCGGCAAGGUAGAGAAGGCAGCUCCCUCCCAUAGCCUUCCAAAAGAGGCAGAGUCCAGGCUUUGAGGAGCCUUUGUGCACUUCAGUUCAGCUGGUUCUGGCUGAGGCCUCCAAGGCAAGCUCUGUUUUCCAGGGUGUUCCUGCUGUAUUGCCAGGGGUGCUCUUCUGUGUCGCUUUCUCCAGCUCCCUUUUCUGAGACAGAAUACUUGGAAUUCUGCUUCUUAUGCAAGGGCCCUCUGGUUUUCAGGGUCAACGCUGAGAAUCGAAGCGCUCUCAACCAUCCUGAUCUCACAGGCUCAGCCUCCCCAUCCGCUGUGGAGCUUGGAGGUCCCCUCCCAUCAGCGUCACCAGAGGCAGGCUCCUUGAGGCAUCUGUGCUUCUGCGUUCCUGCCACAGCCAAAGGGGUUGGCAUUUUAUGAAUAACUUCUCUAGGGGAUGUAGGCUGAUAAAUUUUCAAAAAGCUUACUGUUGCUGAAUCACAGUUCAAGGAUGGCCUUCUCAACUUCGCUCUCAUCCAUGACCUGGACUUUCUAUACUAGGCAUCUUAUUCUUAGAAGUCGGCCUCCUUUAGGGAGACCCCUAGUGAAAACCUUUAUUGGAUAUCCCUCUUUCAUCCCAGAGAGCUGCCCUUAGGUCUUUUCUAGAAUUCCUGUGUUCCAUAGUUCAACUGCAUUAACUCAGAUCCAUCAUUGUGAUUCAUCGAUUUUUAAGGCUCUCAGGUUUAACAAAACCUAUCACUAUCAUCCUCCAGCAGCCUCAGUCUGAAUGGAGCCAGUAUAUUUUCUUUCUUUAAAGAAGUCAACUGGGGCUCAGCUCUUAGUUCAAGGGGAGCUAGUGGCUAUCUAGUCAAUAGAAAUCAGUGAUAGCAGCUUUUCCUCGAAUGUGGACUCCUCAGGGGCUGAACUGCUCUUAAUUUAGGGUAUGCUUUACUAGAGACGUAGCAAACAUCAGUUAUCACCACCAUCCAGUAACGACGUAGCUUCCAGAUAUGACGGACUAUAAGAUGGGGUGGAAGCUGCCCCAGGGAUGUACUUCCUUUUGGCAGAAGAACAAGGCCAACUAAGGGACAGUUUGGUUAGCACCUGGACAUUUCAAGAGAGAGAGAGGCAAACUUUCCCUCUUUGCCCAGGUUAGCCGAUUCUCUGCUGCUUGCAACUCUCUAGCACAGUAACAUUUGCAGAAUUGCAGAUUUUUUUCCCCCAGAUAUUAGGAGGAAAGGGACUUGGGGAGGGGAGGGUGGGGAAGGGGUCGUGAUGUUUUAAAAAGCAUAAGUUAACCUGUUUGCACUGUUUUAAGAUAGGAAAAAAAAUAGUGGGCAAGGUGAACAUCGGAUGUAAACGUGUGUGUUUUAUUUUGUCAUGCUCUUGAGAAUGUCUGACUCUUUGUAGUAUACAACAGUGACAUUUGAUUCUCUGUUGCAUAAAACACUAUAUUUUUUUGGAAAUGUUACUGUCCAAAAGCCUCUUCCCUCCCUGUCCUUUUCCUGUGUACUUCCUUCAUCCUUGCUUUACUGAUCAGCCAGGCAAUAGCCAUCCAGGAGCUAGAGCAAGAAACAGGGCCCUUUCCAAGUCGGCUCUGGGUGUCCUAAGCCAGCCUGUGCCCUCUCAAUCACUGAGUACAGUAGAGUCUCUGGCACCUUGCUUUGAAAAUACAGCUCACAGACCAGACUACCAGUUAUGGCAUUUCUCAGUGAGAGGCGCUAGGAUGAGGAGCCGAGGGAUGGAGGGACCCCUGAAGUAUUGCAGGUGGCUGUAGUAGCCGAGUUCUUAUGCAUGUUACCGAAACUGUAACCAGUUACAGUUUACUCAGGAAAACGGUAGAUCAAUUCAGCCAUGGUAGUGCUGGUUGGCAGGGAUUGGUAACUGAGAACUGCUCAACAGCCAAAACUCAAACCUUGCCUUUACGGAGCCCACCAGCAUAGGGCCAUGGUCCUCUGCCUGGUGGUGCUAUACCUGCCAGUGACAUGAGGGCUCAGCUCACCCUGGCAAGCAAAAAAGGGAACCCAGAUUCUCUUUAUCUCCCUUCUCCCCCUGCCCAUUACCAAUACCAGAUUCCCCAGGGGGCAUGUGAGGUUUUUGAAUUUUUCAAAAAGAAAAUGUUUUGGUUUGUUGUUGUUGUUGUUUUUUUUCCUGGGGACUGAUAAGUGCUUUAAGUGAUGUCUGCACCCCAUGAAGACUCCCAGCUUCUUCGUUUCCUUGUAUUUUCUGUUCACAGUAUUUUUGUGUGCGCGUGCUUAUUCGGCAGCUCAUUUUGGCUGUAUUAUAUAUCGAGUGAUGAAUUGAUCCUAUUUUUCCCCCUUAAAGGACAUGAAUUUUUUUUUCUUAUGUUAUCAUUCUGCUUGUGAACAUUUGAAGCCAGGCUGGGCUGACACUAGGGCUACAAAGUGAGGAGAGAGCCAGAGGAGUUUCCUUGUCCUUGACAGGCUCACCCACCUGAGGCUCUGAGCUUUUCAGUCCAGAUCUUUGCAAGGCUCAAGCGCCGCUGCCGCAGAACCUCUCCUCUCCUCCCCACCCCCACCCGUGGCAGGGACUGGCCGGGCCCCACGUGCACCACGGAUUCUCUGGCCCCUCCCAUUGCCAUGGCAGAACAGGUACAUUCGGGGACUUGGGGGCAUCCAUGGGAUGUUUGUACAAUUGACCACCUGGCCUUGCCUCCUCCCCUCCCGUCCUUCCCAAGACUCACUUCCUAGGACACCCGAGCCGCUUGCCCAGGGCCCUGUUUCCCUGCCAACUCCAGAGAAGCACCCCAGGGCUUUGUGACAGUCUCUAAUUCCCCUCCCUUCUCCUUAAGAAUCAUAUUGUAUAGUAGCUUUCAGACCAUACAGUAUUCAUUGGGUUACUCCUAUUAUUAUCAAGUAGCUGGAAUUGUGAAGGUCGGAGUAGUUAGAUCUUUAGCUUUUCUUCCUUAUUUUUUGUAUUACUCUCCAUGUGUAUAAAUUAUUGAUCAUGUUGCUGGCUUUUAUAAACUUAAGCAAAGGAGGAGGACUGCCUCAGCCUUUGCGAAUGGUAAUGAAGCACUGUUUUUAAAUAAAAGAGAGAAACACCA